AUGCAACAGCCGCCGCAGAUGCGACAGCCGCCGCAGAUGCCGCAGGCGCCGCAGAUGCAACAGGCGGCGCGGAUGCAACAGCCGGCACAGGUGCCACAGCCGCAAAUGCAACAGCAGGAGCCGCCUCAGCUGCAGCAGAUGCUACAGCAGCAGGAGCCACCGCAGAUGCCUCAGCCGCGGGUGCCGCAGAUAUGGAUACAGCCGCAGCCGUGGAUACAACCGCUGCAGCCGUGGAUGGAGCCGCAACAGCCGUGGAUGCAGCCGCAACAGCCGUGGAUGCAGCCGCAGCAGCAGUUGAUGCAGCCGCAACAGCCGUGGAUGCAGCCGCAGCAGCCGUGGAUACAGCAGCAAACAUGGACUGACGACUCCAGCGUUGCGGACAGCUGGAUUUAUGCGCGGCUAGCUUGA